ACUUCCUGUUGCAGUUUUAUGUUUGUAAUUUACAUUCAGACUGUCAAGUGUGUUUUCAGAUCGUAGGUCAGUUUUGCUGUCAACACACACACACAAAAUAACUUUCAGCUGUGAUGUGCCGAAUGUUUUUGCAAUCGCAAUUGAAACUGGCCAUUAGCGAGGUCAAGGCUUAUUCAUCAGUAAAUGUCAGACUAAUUUAACUUCGUAUUUUGAUGAAUCCGAUGGAGCUGGGGGAGCAGUGGUGGAAAGGACAAGUGGUUGCUGACAUCCAUCAGGCUCUUCGUAUCAAGGAGCUGAGAUUACCACUCUACAAAAGCCAUUCUCCUCAGCUGAAUACUAGACGUUACUUUGCAGAUCUUCUUGCAAUCAUCAGCAAUCAUUUUCAUCUUUGCCCCACUGCUCGUCACCUUGCUGUUUACCUUCUAGAUCUAUUUAUGGACCGCUAUGACAUUUCUGUUCAGAAAUUGCAUUUAGUGGCACUGUCCUGUUUACUUUUGGCAAGCAAGUUUGAAGAAAAAGAAGACCGUGUACCGAAACUUGAACAACUCAACAGUCUAACUUGCAUAAGUAGUAUGAACCUGGUGUUAAACAAACAGGACUUAUUGCACAUGGAACUGUUGUUACUAGAAUCCUUUCAGUGGAAUCUUUGCCUGCCUACUGCUGCGCAUUUCAUUGAUUACUACCUUUCCAUUGCUGUACAUGAAACUGAUCUUCAUGAUGGAAAGCCUAUGGUUUACUUGGAGAAGACAAAGUUAUAUACAGAAAAAUACUCUGCCUACUUUCUAGAGGUAUCUUUACAAGAUCAUGGCUUUUUAAAUUAUUUUCCUUCAGUAGUUGCAGCUGCUUGCGUAGCAGCAUCGCGAGCUGUUCUUAAACUCUCUCCUUUAUGGCCUGUUCGACUGCAUCAUAUUACUGCUUAUGCUUGGGAUGUUCUCUUACCCUGCACUGAACGUCUGUUGAUCGCUCAUGACAACGACGUAAAAGAAGCCAACAAGCAGAAACGUGAACAAAAAGGCGAACAAUCAAUUCAGCAGAUUGGGCAGAGCACUUUCUUGACUCAACCUGUAGCUCCUUCUCAAACCCAGAUUGCACAACAAACCUCACCAUACUUUCAACCAAAGCACUCAAAUCUGUUACAGUAUCCUCACCAACAGCCCUUGCAGCAGAGUUGUCAAUCUGCUUUUUCAACCGGUCAGGCAACAAGAUAUAGUAUAUCAGCAUGCCCUUCCAAUCUCCAAGCUAACCUUGUAACUCAUGGACCCGUACAAGCAAAUAAUAUGUCAUUAGCAACAAAUAUGGAAGUUAAAUCUUCUAUUAAUAUUCCUUCUAAUCGUAACUAUCAAGUCAAUGGCCACUAAAUCUGAAAACUCCAUGCUUUUGAAAGACUAUUUGUUGAAUCAGUCAUCAAAAGAUGCAUUGCAUAUGGAAAUAGCUUUAAUAGUGACUUUAUAUUUUGAAAUAGUUCUUUACAUCUUUAAAGAAAAACAAAACAAAUUCAUUUUCUAGGUGUUGGGAAUUAUUGGGCACUAAUAUUACAGAAUAAUAAAGAACCUAUCUAAAUGUUUGAAGAUAUACUUAGCAACAAGUUAAUUGAUAGGAUGAACAAUAAGUCUGACAAAUUAACAGGAUAAAAUGCUUGUUUGGAAGCUGGAUGCUUUACCUCAGAAAAUGAUCCUGAUUUUUGGUCAGUGUCUUGAUAAUUACUUCCUGUUUGUACACCUUUAAGAGCCAAACAGUCACUGGCUACAAUUUUAAUGGCAGCAUUUUUCUUUUUUUUCCCUCAGACUCAAGUCUAAAGUUAAUUGGCUGCUAAUUGUGCAAUAUUAUCUUUUUUCACACUUCAGAAGGUAACCACGUUCAACAAUUGGUAACUACCUCAUUUAGUUACAUUUUAAUUGGAUUUGCAUACAAUCGUUGAGACCAUUCAAUGUACUGGAAGAACAGUUUCAGUGUUCAAUUUAUUUAUAAGUAGCUGAACUUUCUCUCAGUUGAAAUGUGCAAAAUCAUUUGAACAGUACAAAAUUUAUUUGCAGGAGUAAAAUUUAUAAUAACAAUCUCAUGUUCAGGUGCUUAACUCACCUUUUUUUUGUAUGACACAGUAAAUAUAUCUGCCUUUUGUAUUACUGAUAGCUUCUCACCUAACAUGAUGCUUGCAUUUAAAAACUCUGCUCUUGGGAUUUAAUUGUUCAUUUAAUCUUUACCUAUUUUCUGAUAGAUGGUUCUGGAAGUUCAUGUUUCUAAAAGAGCAAUAAGAAUGCUUUUUGGAUUAAGUGCAUAUUUUUAAUAAAUGUAUUAACUUAAAAUAUUGUGUGAGGGUUUUCAAGAGUGGGCACGUGCACUUGUAGAAAAGAAUUAAUGGCACAAAUAUGAUCCUUUACUUAAAGUGUAAUGUUGCAUUGUUUUCCAAACCCUAGUGUAUCAUUAGAAUAAAUUUGUUUUACCAGGUAUAU